AAUGUUUAUAAUCUUUAUUCUGUGUUGUUUAGAGUUUUGAUGAAUUCGACCGAAAAAAAAGGAAACAAUACAAACAAAACAACAAAAUUGAAACUCCCAGAACCCAUGCCAUCAGUGGACCAGCGAUUACCGUCUCAACACGCUAAUCACUCGACCACCGAGACGUACGAUGUAUUGCAUAUCUUUAUAUCUCUUUUCCUAAUUGGUUCUGAUGGAAUAAGUAAUGCAAUGCUGGUUUCUGCGGUUUUCGUCACUUCAGUGAGAUCUUUUAAUAGCUACCCCCUAAACUAGCGAUUGCUAGUUCCACCAGCGAUUGUCAAUAAGCAAAUUGCGCAAUCGUAGGUUUCACCACCUCCCCCAAUUUGCCGAUUGAGAUUUUUUAAUAGCUUCGUUGACUUCUUCUAGCCAUCGGAAAUCGGCAAGCGCAUGCUGAACACAGAGUUGCUGUAUAUUGCAAGAAGAGCUCGGGGUUUUUCUCACGAACUCGAUUCUCAAAAGCUGUUGUCCUUGGCUCUAGCGUCAGCAAUGAGUUGAGGCUGGUAACUGACUUUUGCCUUAACAACCUUCCCCUGAGGUGCCAGAAUGCCCUUCCAGCAGAUGAAUGUGAGUUCACACAUUCUGACCUCAGCUUAGCCCUUUCCGUGACAAGCUGCCCUCCUAGUUCAUCCACCAUUCGACCUCUGCGCUGACCAAUCCCGAUUUCGGACAACGAGAGUCCUCCUUCCGGCCUUCGAAAAUCAACUCACGCUGCAUCGUGAGUAAUCCUCUCGGAACUAGCCUUCCUCUUUGCUGACGAUCCUCUGCGCCACUAACUCUAGCAUUGGUUGGUCCCCUCCGUAGAGUGGCUCCUCUGGCUGGCAGACUCCUCUGCGCUGGUUGCUACCAAACAUGUUAACCGCGAAUUUCUUGAGAGUACUUUCUCGAUCAAACCCUUUUUCCACUUCCAGACGUAUCGGGGCCUACAACCUGUUGAAAUGAGUUAUUCGACGCCGGUUUCAGUGUUGGAAUAAACUAACAUACUUACUUACUUACUUACUUCUUACUGAAUGGUCCCGCGUCGAUUCUCCGGCGCAUAGGAUCAUGGUAAAAGCGUCUUCACUUGGUCCCAGUCAAGUUUCUCGUCGAAUGUUCAGAUUUCGGCGACUGGGCUACGCCGCCAAAAGUUUCUGGGUCUGCCUUUCCUUCGAUGUCCAAGCGCCUCUCUGCAAAUCUCGUUCUCAUCUCUUCGCAGCGUGUGCUCAAUCCAUCUUAACUUACGUUCCCGCAUCUCGAUUUCUAGUGCUCUUUGAUGACACCGGCGAUGUUGUUCUUCAUGUGUGAUCCAGUUACCGGGCCACCAAGCACGUAUGAUACUCCGCAGUCAGUGAUUCACAAAAACUUGCAGUUUUGGCGUCGUCGCCGCACAUUUGCACCAAGUUUCACACCCGCACAACAAUACUGAUUUGACGUGUGAGUUGAAGAUUCGGAUUUUCGUUCGUAGAUAGAUCUGGCGUGACCACCAUGACAUGUUUCUGAGACUCGCAAACGCAUAUCGGGCUUUUCUGAUCCGGGUUUCGAUGCCCUUCUUGGUACCACCAUCAGGCGUUAUCUGGCUAUCAAGAUACUGGAAGCACUCCACUUUCUCAACUUGUUGCCCAGCUACCACGAAAUUGGAAGGAUUUACUGUGUUGAUUUACAUCGACUUGGUCUUUCCGACACUGAUUUUGAGACCUGCUGUCUUGGAGCUUUCGGUGAAGGUUGUCGGGUUGGCUCUGGAUGUUUUGUUGUCUUUGGGCAAGCAAAACAAUAUUGUUUUCCAGGUCAAAGUCGUUCAGUUGCUCCAUUGUCGAAUAAAGUUGUUAGAAUAUUGUAAAUUCUUAAGUCACUACUUCAGUAAGGUCGUUACAGAGCUACUUUCUAUACUAGCGAUUGCUAGUUCCACCAGCGAUCGUCAAUAUGCGAAUCGGGGGUUUCAACAAGUUCAUAUUAUUGAAAUGCUUCAAAAACUAUAUUGAGUCCAAAAAAUGAAGCAUAUGUGUGUCAUAAGUACAAUUCUCCUUGGAUAACAACCAAAUUUUCUGGGAUUGUAAUUCAUGCAGUUUUGAAAAUUUUUACUUAAUGUAGUUUUGAUUUCAUUUAAACCGAUCCAGGAUUGAAAUAGUUUAUAUACCAAAAUUUACAGACUUGUACUGGGAAAUGACAGACUUUUUUUUGUCAAAACCUCGGACAAUUGUGUCCCUGCAUCCAAACUUUUCGAUUAAUUUAAAUUUAAAAUCGGCGUUAUUGGUCGAAUACCUUCUUCUUAAAGAUCCAAAAAAAUUCCCUACCUUAUUCGAAAGAAGAAAAAAACCCAACCGAACAACCGUGAACAUCAAUCAGCCAAGCUUAAUUGGAAAGCAAUUCAUUCGUUUAAUUUUUAACCUUAGCUCAGGGAUCCCGGGAUCUUAAAAAGUGUACAGAAUGGGUCGAACAAAGGUGAACCCUAAACAAGCGGCUGCCUGCAGCUAGCUUUCUGAGGGGCCGGCCAGUUUGUUUGAAUUCACGGCAGAAACCCCUUGUCAUUUCCGUGGAUGUGGGUGUGGGUCGGUUUGGCACGAGUAUGUCUGUGUAUGCGUGUGUUUGGGAAUUUAAAAGUUACCAGCAGCAGCAGCAGGAGAUUUGCUUUUUACGGUUCAACACUUUGGACAAAGUGUAACAACAGGAUUCUUUGUUUUGUGCCGAGCAAUCCCUACAAGCAAGUGGAAAAAGGUAACCCCUUUUGUGGCCAACCGGAGGCCAUUGGGUCACUUGGAAAAUAAGACAUUAAAAUUUAAUUACGAGUCCACAGAAUAUAAAACCAUCCUCCGUUUUGUUGGGGGCACAAUGAUAUUCCAAAACGGUAUCCCAGCAGAAGCAUUGAAUUAUUAAGGCUGGGUCUAGAUGGUUCUCUAGCAGCUUUCGGACGUUUUGGACUAUAAUUAGGUCGUCCUGAGAACAACCUGAUCUGUAUCUUUUCGGGAUUGCGAUUGCAGCCGACAAACUUUUAGGAAAAUUAAACGAACCCCUUUUUUUCUUUCAAAUUUUCCUCCAUUCUAACGUUUGUUUAUUCUCUUUUCUUUCCCAGGUGAAGUCGAGCGAUUGCUCCGGGAACAUCAGCAAAAUCAGGAGCUGGUGGACAAGAUCGGUAGCAACUUCUACCAGAUCAUCUACCCGGUGCAGCUGCGGCACCACGAGAAGAUGGGAAUCUCGACGCGUGAAGUCGGCGCACCAAAGGUACGCUAUCGCACCAGAACGUCAUCAAGCUCAUCGACCUCGUCCUGGCCCUCUAGUUCGAGUUCUUACUCCCCAUCCCUAGACCCAUCUUUUACCUCAUCUUCAUCAUCAUCAUCAUCCCUCUCUCAAAAUGCAAUCCAUAACAAGUCAAGUGACAGCUACCAAAACAACAACAACAACAACAACUACAUCAUGAAUAAAAACAACAACAACAACAACAGAACCAACACCUCCACACGUACACGAAAAUCCUACCAGAAUGACGCGGUGAUGGGUGACGAUUAUCAUGAUAGGAUGUUUCCAGGUCGAUUCCCGGAUAGCGGUGGCUAUUCUGGGAGCAGCGGCAGCCGAGGACGUUCGAGGAGCACUCGGUUUCUGGUGCAGUAUCAGCCUAGAAUGUUUUCAUUCUGGUUCUAUUUGACCAUUCUGACCUAA